AUGGGCCGAACUAUCGUUGUGCUGGGCGGAGGUAUCAGCGGCUUGGCCGCUGGUUACCACCUGAUUCGGGCCCCAAGUCCUCCCAAGGUGGUCAUUGUGGAGGGCAGCCAGCGUCUGGGAGGCUGGAUUCGCUCAGUCCGAGGACCAGAUGGUGCUAUCUUUGAACUUGGACCUCGAGGAAUUAGGCCAGCUGGAGCUCUCGGAGCGCAAACCUUGCUCCUGGUUUCUGAGCUUGGCCUGGAUUCAGAAGUGCUGCCUGUCAGGGGAGACCAUCCAGCUGCCCAGAACAGAUUCCUGUAUGUUGGAGGCACACUGCACGCUCUGCCCUCUGGCCUCAGGGGGCUAUUCCGCCCUUCACCUCCCUUCACCAAACCUCUGUUCUGGGCUGGGCUGAGGGAGUUGACCAGGCCCCGGGGCAAAGAGCCUGAUGAGACUGUGCACAGUUUUGCCCAGCGCCGCCUUGGACCUGAGGUGGCAUCUCUAGCUAUGGACAGUCUCUGUCGUGGAGUGUUUGCAGGCAACAGCCGUGAGCUCAGCAUCAGGUCUUGUUUUCCCAGUCUCUACCAAGCUGAACAAACUCAUCGUUCGGUACUACUGGGGAUGUUGCUAGGGACAGGGCAGAGCCCACAGCCAGACUCAGCACUCAUUCGCCAGGCCCGGGCUGAGCGCUGGAGCCAAUGGUCACUUCGUGGAGGGCUGGAAAUGUUACCCCAGGCCCUUGAGACUCACCUUACUAGCAGAGGGGUCAGUGUUCUUAGAGGCCAGCCAGUCCAUGGGCUCAGCCUCGAGGCAGAAGGGCGCUGGAAGGUCUCUCUAAAGGACAGCAGCCUGGAAGCUGACCAUGUUAUUAGUGCUGUUCCAGCCUCAGUGCUCAGCGAUCUGCUCCCUGCGGAGGCUGCACCCCUGGCUCGUGCCCUACGUAGCAUCACUGCUGUGUCUGUUGCUGUUGUGAACCUGCAGUACCGAGGAGCUCGUCUUCCUGUACAGGGAUUUGGACAUUUGGUGCCAUCCUCGGAAGACCCGGGUGUCUUAGGAAUCGUGUAUGACUCAGUUGCUUUCCCUGAGCAGGAUGGGAGUCCCCCUGGCCUCAGAGUAACUGUGAUGCUGGGAGGCUCCUGGUUACAAACGCAGGAGGCCAGUGGCUGUGUGUUAUCUCAGGAGCUGUUCCAACAGCAGGCAGAGAAAGCAGCUGCCACACAGUUAGGACUAAAGGAGCCACCAAGUCACUGCUUGGUCCAUCUACACAAGAAUUGUAUCCCCCAGUAUACACUGGGCCACUGGCAAAAACUGGAAUUAGCUACCCAAUUCCUGGCUGCUCAAAGGCUGCCCCUAACCCUGGCUGGAGCCUCCUAUGAGGGUGUUGCUGUAAAUGACUGUAUAGAAAGUGGGCGCCAGGCAGCAGCCCGGGCCUUGGGCACAGAGCCUGACAGGUACGAGAAUGAAGGAGGCACAGACAGGCAAAGGGUGCCUGGGAUGCAGAAAGCAGGAGCAGAGUGCCCCACAGAUGUGGGAGGUCGAGAGAUCUUCAUCCCAGCCAGACGCACCCUAAAGGGCCCGGGUGGGGUGUGGUUGGGGUACCUGGUGGAUGACGUAGAUGCCGUAAGCAAGCUGCUGGCGCUGCAGAAAGGGGUGCAGGUGGUAGAGCAGCAGGCGCAGGUGGUGCUCCCGGGCACGAACUCCUUCAAAGGCCAAGGCAGUCAUGGUGGACCGUGGUCUCAGGAGAGCCCAGGGCGGGGUAGGAAACAAGCUCCUAACGUUCUUCACGUGCCUGGGAGGUAGCUCUGCAGGUGCAGGGAGCGUGACCACCUGGGAGCAGGCAGCAAAGCGUCGUAG